AUGACUGAAGCGGGAGGUCCUGGAGAGGAGGGGUACGUGUUUGAUGAGGUAGCUGUCGAGUCGGUCCUGGUGCAGCGGGAAUGGCAGAGCCACAUGCAGAGACGAGUCAAAGAAGGCUAUAGAGAUGGAAUAGAUGCUGGCAAAGCAGUUACUCUUCAACAAGGUUUCAAUCAAGGUUAUAAGGAAGGUGCAGAAGUCGUUAUAAACUAUGGACAACGCAGAGGAACAUUGAGUGCUUUGCUCUCCUGGUGUCACCUUCAUGAUAAUAGUUUGGCUUUGAUCAGUAAAAUAAAUAAUCUUCUGGAUGCAAUGGGCCAGUGUGAAGACUAUGUGCUCAUACAUCUGAAAUCAAUCACUCCACAGCCCCAUGUUGUAGAUUUAUUGGACUCCAUUCAGGAUAUGGACCUUUGUCAUAUAGCUCCAGCUGAGGAAAAGAUUGAUGAAGCUAAAGAUGAAAGAUUCUAUGAAAAUAAUGCUGAGUUUAACAAAAACUGUAGCAAGAAUCUUAGUGGGGUAGAUUGUUCGUCUUUAGAAUGUUGUAGAACAGAGGAGUGUGCACAUUCUGAAAACCCAAGCCUCACUUGGAUUUUAGAACAGACAGCCAGUUUGGUAAAACAGCUGGGAGUAUCAAUAGACAUAUUACAGCACCUCAAACGACUAUAA